AUGGAAUCACCGAUUUCCAUCAAGAUUCUUCUCCUCCACCUAUCUCUCUUCUCCGCCGCCCUUCACCACCAUGUAGAUGCAAGUUUCUUGCCGGAAAACACCGCAACACCACCUCGUUAUGGUUCAUUAGAAGAUUUAGUGGAGGAGUUGUUGGAAUCGGAUAUUUCAAGAAGGUAUUUGGAAGAAAAGAGAUAUAUUUCUACCGGAGCUUUGAAGAGAGAUCAACCAGCAUGUGGUGGUGGUGGUGGUGGUGAAGCUUAUACAAAAUCCGGCAGCUGUACCCCUCCUCCUUCUAAUCCUUAUAGUAGAGGUUGCUCAAAGUAUUAUAAGUGUAGGGGUUGA